CGUCCAAAACGACGUUUGUCCCAUGUAGCUGUCAUCAUACCAACAAUGGCGGACGCUGUCAAACGUGCGAUACUGCCGUAACUGGAUUAACGGAGAUAUUACGUACGGUGUUCAUCAGUAACCGGAGAUUCAGAGGUCACAGGUCCGUCGUUGUCAUGAAGCUCCUCUGAAGCUGCCUACGGUAUGGAGAAUGACACGACGGGAAAGGAGCCGUCCAAAAAGGACACAAUUGCAUAUGAAAACGAGUCGAUUUCCAACAAUAAACCGAGAAAACGAGAGACGGCAAACUCACAGGAAACAAACGGAAGUGAUCAGGCAGGUCCAAGAAAUUAUCGCAGAAUUUCCCAGCCGGAACGCAAAGUCAGUUUCCAGCUUGACAUCAACAAUAUCCCAUCGCAUGCCGAUCUGUACGAUGAUACCUGUCCGACUCGCAGUCCUAGAGUGAGUUUCUCACGCAGAGAGGGCGAGGGGAAUCCUGUACCCAGCGAAAGAAAAGUCAAAGAUAGUCGGUCGCCACAGAGAAGCCCCAAAGUCAGUUAUUCACAGGGACCAGGCGAGGAAAAUCCGAUACCGAACGGUCGCACAGGAAAGAAAUCAAGCGAGAGUAAAUCUCCGAGAGUAAGUUUUUCUCUUGCGCCUGGAGAGGGGAACACCAUUCCCAACGAACGCACAAAUAAACGCACUACAAAGGAAGGUAAAUCACCACAAAGAAGUCCGAAAGUCAGCAUUUCUCUCACAGACAAUAAUAGUCAAGCCGAAGACGAACAACAAGCUGUAUCCUCCCCGUCCUCCUCAUGUUCUUCCGAGGACCCGGAUAGACCUCGUCGUCCCAGUCGACAAAGACGUUCCGGAGUAGUCAAUAGCCCUGACAUAGGACGGGUGCCGUCUGCUGUAUUCCUAGAUAAUCUUCCUGCUGCCGCCGCCGCCGCCACCAAGCCGACCGAACAAGACGACCAGUCAAUAUCAACGAUAUCAGAUAGUGUUGGUACCGACUACGCGUCAACAACGAGGGCAAGUGGUGAGGAAGAUCUCGGUCAUGUCAACAGUGGGUAUGAAAGUGAUGAACUGAUGGAAAACAUAGCACUUAAAGUCGAGAGCAUCAUACAGGAUGCUCAAUCUAGUGAGCUAAGUAAUGGGUACUACAACGGCGGUACUGAUAGCAAAGAUGAGGGACCGGAAGGAGAUAACUACGACGACGAAGAAGAAGAAGAAGAAGAAGAAGAAGAGGAAGAUGACGACCAAGGCUUAACAUUUAACCUCCCAUCCAAAGAUGUGGCAGAUAGCAAAACCAUUGAUGGCCCAAUAAAGAAAAUCGGCAAAAGCACGGCUUUUGGAAUACCGCCUUCAAUAAUGAAGAAUAAAAAAUCGUCUUUUGCUGAAAGUAACUAUUCGGAUGAUUCCACCUCCCCGAAUAAGAGUUCCCUUGCUCGUCACUUGCGGAAGGAUUCGAUAGCGUUAACUAGCGAGAAGAUGGGCCAGAUUCGAGAUCUACAGAGGCACUAUAAAAUGAUGAAGAAGAACUCCAUGCCUAGUUUCUGGCAGAGGAAGUCAGCGAGUAUCAAGAAGUAUCAAUUGCACAUUGCCGUGGCUACCAUGUUCACAAUCGCAGUUAUAAUCGUUGCUGUAGGCUGGCAUUUUCAUGACCAGUUCCACGAAAUAUGGAAUGCGAACCAGCGUGUCUUCUUCCAGCCCUCUAGCCGAAUUCUCACUCUCAGAGACCCUGAUGACAAUAAACUACUAGGUAGUCUCGGGGUUAGCAUACCCAUCUGGCUUCUGCCUUCACACUGCGCCAAUGAAAAAGAAACAGGGUCGUUCACGUGCCUAAAAUGGAAAAAUAAUGCAGUGUUAAGGAUCAAACACUUCGGGUCAAAAACUGUUAAUUGCUACAAUAUAACCUGGGAAGUCCUCCGCGAGGACUUGUUCCCAGAAGAUUGUUUCGUUAUAGGGCCUAACGUGUGGUUUGGCCCUUCCAACACAUCUAAUGCUCUGUGGUCUCUGGACAAAGCUAAUUUUACAUUUACAGCCGCAGAGACAGAUUUUUAUCCGGCCGGAACGUUUAGUUCAGCUAUGGAGCGCUACUGGAUAUCGUCAGGGGGAGGCUCAAUUUUUGUCCAUAAUGAAGAUCCUGUCUCUGUGAAAUGGAAUGUUAAGAAUAACAAUAAAAUUUGCUUGAUAGGGAAUAACAAUGGCAGCUUUUAUGGACAAAAGAGAACUAGGGGGACCGAUCUCAACUACACUGUCUGUCAUGGCACAGAUCCGGUGACCACCCAUAAAUACGUCAGGAAGUUAUUGCCUGAAGGACCAAAAAACCUUCCAUCUAUGAGAAGCUUAAGAUACCCGGUCUGGUCAACAUUUGGCGUGGCACGAUCUUAUGACAUCACUGAGAACGACAUACAUGGUCUAGCAAAAGGAAUUCACGAAAGAAAAUUAAAUUGCAGUUUUAUUGAAAUUGAUGGGAAGUGGGAAAAACAUUUUGGAGAUUUAGAAUUCGACCCGGAAAGAUUUCCAAACAUAUCAGCUAUAGUGAAAUACGUUAAAUCGCUAGGCUAUUCUCUCUCUGUUGAGGUAUCUCCGUAUUUCGGCUACAAGUCCAUCAAUUUUGAUGAAGGUGUAGAGGAUGGAAAUUUUAUGCUUGAUGCAGGAAGGAGGGUUCCAGCGUUCCUCCCAAUGCAGAAUAGUAUCUAUGCCAUGUUGGACAUCACCAACCCUUCAGCGGAAUCGUGGAUGAAGAGCAAAAUGAUUCGACUGUCUUCAGCGUACAAAAUCACAGCAUUUCACAUAUUUUACCGUAAUCGAUCCUGGAUGCCCUUUAGUCCGUCUUUCCAUGCUACGGAUGUAACGCCUAGUAUGAUUAGGCACCUAUUUGCAGAAUUUGUGACAUCAUUCAAUGAAGUUGAUGCAGAUAUUGUUGAAGGAACAUCGGGGUCACAAAAUCAAGUUUCAUUUGUAAAUAUUCCAACACAGGUAAGUAACCAUGCGCACGGCGAGUGUAUAACUGGAGUCAUAGAAACGGCAUUGACGCUGGGGAUGAUGGGAUAUCCGUUUGUGAUCGUUGACGGAAUGUUUGCACAGGAACCAGCUGCAGGACAAGAAGAGUUUGAUUUGCCUAAUCGACAGUUGUACAUCCGCUGGAUGCAGAUGUCUUCGUUCUUUCCCGCCAUGAAGUACGCUGUGCCACCAUGGUAUUUUGAUGACGAAUGUGUAGAAUUGGCACAAAAUGCCUCCGCCAUGCACCAAGAAUAUACCGUGAAAAUCAUAAAUGAAAUGAAACAAGAAAUUAAAAACGGCGAGCCAAUUAUUCGACCGAUAUGGUGGACUGCACCGUCUGAUAAAGAAGCACACCGAGUCAAGAACGAGUUUAUGGUCGGGGAUUCUCUCCUGGUCGCACCGGUUGUGUGUGAUGACGUCAUGGAACGGAAUAUUUACCUCCCGGAAGGUUUCUGGACGGACAUGUUGACGGGAGAUUUCAUCUAUGGGGAAAGAUGGCUAUUGAAUUAUGAGGUAAAAAUAAAUCAGAUACCACACUUUAAACGUAAAAAGGUCAUAGGUCACUAGCGUGUCUGACCAACCACAUCUAAUCAGUAAUUAUUUCUGACACUGAUCAAACAUUCCUACAAACGCUGCAUAUACUCCGAUAUUUGUUUUGGGAUAUCACAUUCAAAUAUGAAAUAAAGGUGGUUUUGAUGUAGAAUGUAUACACAUUAAACUGUAUCUUAUACAAAGGUCCAUCAUCGAGUGACACGUCUCAUAGUGUUGUGAGCGAAAGGUUUCUAAGAGAAUAGUGUUGUUAUGAGUUGUAUUUCGUUUUAAUUUGUCGGUAUUUUCGUUACUACAAAUAGUUGCCUUUACUUCAUAUUGAAUGAUAAUAAUGACCAUUUAAGGUCGGGAAAUGAGUUGGUCAUUCAUGGAAUUCUGUCCGCCACUCUCUACCUGUUAUAUCAUUUUUCAAAGCACUGUCAGUAGGCCUCCCAUGAUCGAGUUUGUAUAUAGGUUGUUACAAUGUUUUUGCUUUGAUUUUUAAAGAAUGACUUGAGUUAUGUUUCGUGUAUUGCAUAAUGUUAUCUUAUAAGUAUCUUCAGAAAUUCAUGUCAGGAAAAGAGUUACGGAGCCGAAGAACUCGUUGAAAAAUGUAUCACUGUCCAAGUCUUCCUUAUUGAUUUAUGUCACGUGUUACCUUACUUGUAAUUAGGUCACGUGUAACCCUACUUGUAAUUAGGUCACGCGAACCUAACUUGUAAUUAGGUCACGUGUUACCUUACUUGUAAUUAGGUCACAUUUUACCUAACUAGCAAUUAGGACACGUGCAACGUUACUUGUUAUUAAGACACGUGUUACCUUACUUGUAAUUAGGUCACGUGUAACCCUACUUGUAAUUAGGUCACGCGAACCUAACUUGUAAUUAGGUCACGUGUUACCUUACUUGUAAUUAGGUCACAUUUUACCUUACUAGCAAUUAGGACACGUGCAACGUUACUUGUUAUUAAGACACGUGUUACCUUACUUGUAAUUAGGUGACGUGUUACCUUACUUGUAAUUAAGGUCAUGCGAACCUUACUUGUAAUUAGGUCACGUGUUACCUUACUUGUAAUUAGGUCACAUUUUACCUUACUAGUAAUUAGGACACGUGCAACGUUACUCGUAAUUAGGACACGUGUAACCUUAGUUGUAAUUAGGUCACGUGUUACCUUACUUGUAAUCAGGUCACAUUUUACCUUACUAGUAAUUAGGACACGUGCAACGUUACUUGUGAUUAAGACACGUGUUACCUUACUUGUAAUUAGGUCACGUGUUACCUUACUUGUAAUUAGGACGUGUUACCUUACUUGUAAUUAGGUCACAAUUGACCUUACUAGUAAUUAGGACACGUGCAACGUUACCUGUAUUUAAGACACGUGUUACCUUACUUGUAAUUAGGUCACAUUUUACCUUACUAGUAAUUAGGACACGUGCAACGUUACCUGUAAUUAAGACACGUGUUACCUUGUAUUUUUAAGUAAUGACAUAUUACCAUUGUUUUGUUAAUUGCUUCCAACAUGAGUUGACAGAUGACCACUGACCACGACAGAUCAUCGAUAUAAGUGCUAUUAAUUCAUAGAUAGCGUUAAGUUGUUCUGAUUGUUACGAAGCCUAGUGUAUGUGUGAGUAUAUGUAUAUAAAUACCUGUAUUACGUUAAGUUCUUGCAUUUUAUCUUUUACUAGAUCAAACGCGUUUAUUUAAAAUAGUAUUCUUUUAUUUCCUUUUACAGAACAGAACUCAAAAUGUCAUGUUAUAUUAUGUGUCUGCACUCUUUUCAAAACACGAAGGAAACACAAGUGGUCUCCCUUUUUAAUCUAUACCCGCCUUCUGUAUCUAUAUCAGCCGACGGUUAUAUUAAACUGUAUUUUAUUGUGUGGUUAAUGUUUAUCAUAUAUAUUUUUAUAAUGAAAGUGUUCAAGAUUUUGUUAAUACAAUUUGUUAUUCAAUA